GUCCCCGUGCACACCUCGGACUGCCUCAACCUGCUUACCCACAACAAAACCGCGCGCCAGGAGGGCUCGGCUCAUCAGUCGGUGUCAUCAAUGACGUCUCACCUGUCGGUCACUCUUCAACAGGCUGCACCUCCACUCGUGCGUAAUGUUUAACGCCGUUCACCAGGGUCGCAAAUACGUCCCCACGCGCUCGUCGGUCACGGAUGACUCUCCAUUACCCGUGCGGACUGUGCUCAUCAACAAAUCCCCCGGGACGCUGAGCGAGGCAGCGGAGGCUACUUGGCCGCCGCCGGGCGCUAAGAUGCGGAUCUCUAAAGCCAGCAAGGGCGCGGUGGUGGUGCGGGCGGUCCGGAGGCACCCUCCGUCUCCUCAGCCGGCCAGUCUGGAGAGCCUGGAGGCGGCGUGGAGUGAGAAAGCGCACCCGGAGGGGAAAUCACCGGAGAGUUCACCGAGCCAUGACGGGAGAGACAGCGAGCCAGGAGCUGUCGGGAACGGGAUGGAGGGUCACGGAGGAGGACCACCGCGGGCCAGGAGGAGGGGGUUCAGACCCCCCGAUGUGAGGACUAUCUUCUCCCCCGGAGAGAGGGACCCCAGGGUGAAAGAGGAGUCCGGGGAGGGACACACCUUCGAGCCUGGAGGCGGGAACACCUGGUGUGAUGUGUGCUGCAGCUACAUCUUCCAGCAUGGUCUCACCUGUGCAGGUUGUAAGUACGCAUGUCACGCUGCCUGUCGGGACAGAGUGUCACUGGACUGUCAUGCUGCAGCUUCACCUGUCAGUCAGGACCAGCUCAACAACAACACACCACCACAUGAUGUGGAGAAGGAGAGAGAGCUGCGGACAGAGCUCACCCGGGAGGAAAUCAGGCAGAAGAUCGAGCAGUACAACACGCUGACCAAUGACCACCUUAAAAUGACUCUUGGUCCUACUGGUGUGUAUACUGGUUUCAUCAAGGUCCAGAUGGAUCUGAGGAGGCCGGUGACGGUGCGGGGGGGUCAGAGAGGAGCAGGAGGAGCCCUGGUGCAGGAGGCUUUCUAUCUGCCCAGAGGAGUCACCAACACCCUCCACAUCAGCUCCAAUAACACAGUCAGACAGGUGAUCGUCGCCCUGCUGACGAAGUUCACAGUCGCUGACAACCCGGCCAAAUACGCCUUGUACAAACGCUACCGCAGGGAGGAGCAGGUGUAUGUGUGUAAGCUGGCGGAUGGCGAGCAGCCGCUGUUCCUUCGUCUGGUGGCAGGACCCGACACCGACACACUCAGCUUCGUACUGAGGGAACAACAGACUGGAGAAGUCAUGUGGGAUGCGUUCUCCAUCCCCGAGCUGCGCAACUUCCUGCGGAUCCUCGACAAGGAAGAGGAUGAGCAGAAGGAGGCGGUGAUUCGCCGCUACGAGGCCUACCGCCAGAGACUGCAGGAGGCGCUGAGGGAGGUCAGAGGGCCCUCUUAGAGGAUUAACCCCCAGUGAACAGGACUACUGCCCCCUAGAGGCACGGAGGAGGGAUUUUUUUUUCUUCCCCGCAGAGAAGAAAACUAGUGUAAAUUUGUGAACGCAGAGUGAGGAGAGAGGACCCAGCGCCUGGAAGAAGGGAUGAAACAGACAGAAGGAGGGAGGAUAUAAACGGAGAGACAGCAAGCGAAGGAUGAACGGACAAAAUCCGGAUGCUGGAGUUUGAUUCAUUCCGGAUUAAAGACUUCAAACUGCUGCCUGCUCACACCAAAGAUUCACUUCAUCGUGCCAUAUUCAUUCAUCUUCUCUCCCUCUCUUCAUCCAUCCCUCUCUUCUUACUCUUCUCUCUGUCCUGCUGUCACAUAAUUUAUCUGAUUUUUCCCUCUUUUCUCCUUUUAAACUUGUGAAAGACUCAAGGCCAUAUAGAGUUUUAUUUAAUUUUUGUUUGUUUUAAAGGUCUGUACAUAUUUUUUUUCUUAAUUUAUAUGGGUGAAGCUUUUUAUUGUUUUAUUUUGUUUUCUUGAAAUGACAAAAGUCUUAUUUUAGUUUAUUGUACAGAGGCGGAGCACCGAUCUGGUUGUUGACACAGACACGGAGAAUAGUUUAUCCAGACUGCUACUAGAGGUAAACACACAACAUGAGUGUCAGCUGUAGCUACAUAGACAAGACGGGAAUAUCAGAUCAUUUAGAUUAGUGGUUCCCAACUGGUCCAGAUUUCUCCUGAGUCAUUAGUUCAAGGUCCACACAGUUUAACAUGUUCAGCAUCAUACUCGCGUUUGGCCAUGUUGUGCAGGAGUUUGCUGUCUCUGUUAAGUAGUUGUCUGUUAGUCUCUGUCAUUUACAAAUUUGACACGUUGGCGAGUCACUUGCAUCCAUUCAGAAUGGACCCACAACCCGCUUUUGGAGUGCAACCCACCAGUUGGGAACCACUGACUUAGAAUACUCUGGACGUACUGUAAAGACGUCGUCAUCAAUUUUGCAUUUUGCUUGAAUAAGUUGAGAAAUAUGUCUGAAGUGAGAAAGGGAACAUGCAGGUACGGAGUCUCAAGUGUGCCAAAAGAAAAAUGUAAUGUUUAGUGUGUUUAAUCAUAUUUUUUUUAAUAUUGUUUUACUUUACAUUUAUUGUGUUUAACAGAAUAUAAAGGUAGAAAAAUAAACAAUCAAUUAAGGAGACAAGGUCACCAAGGGAAAGAUGUAAAAGUAUAAGUUGACAAAAUCCCACUUAAAAAAAAUUAAUAUUCCAUUUACUAAUGUGUCCACCUUUUUUCUCAUGAAUAAUUCUUUUCCUUCUGUUACAUUUAUAAUUUUAAUUUAACGAGCCAACUCAACCAACCAAAAAACAUGCAAUUUAAACAACUUUUAAAAAUAAUUUAGCAAUUAAUUAAUUAAAAAAAAAAAAUCAAGUUGAUGAAUCAAUUUGAUACAAAUAGAAAGUAAAGGUAGAAACAAUAAAUAAUAAAUUAAGGAGAAUGUAAAAAUUUAGGCAAAAUGUAAAAAUUUAAGUUCUCAUUUAAUUUGCAUCAUUUGCUUGGAGCAAGUAAAACAAAUUUUUUUACUUUAAUCAAAUAAUUAAAUGUUUCCUUUUUUAUCUUUAAAAUGAAUCAGUGAAUUUUUUUAAUUGGAUAAAAUUAAAAUAAUUUGUCUACUAUUGAAACAUUUGAAAUUUUAAAUCAUUUAGAAAGCUCAUUUGUCAACAAAAAACAAACAAUUUAAGCGACUGUUUUUAAAAUUAAUUUAUCAAUUACAUUAAAUUAAAAAAAAAAAAAAAAAAAAAUUUAAUUGGCAAAUCUUCUUUUUUUCCCCAUUGACAAUCAUUUCAUUAAUAUUUUCCCC